GAUUCAUCUCAUCAUUCCAUCUCAGAAGUUGCUUUCCUAAAGAGAGGGAAACCCCCCCGGUACAUAGCUCUAUACGUACGAUAAAAAAAGUUAGGCAAAAUUCCUGUGUUCGUUUACAGUUCUUGAAUCGUCUUCUUCAAUCAUCCAUAGUUUCUGAGACGGGUUUGACAGGUAUGAAUCCUGGAGGUUAUACUGCAGAGGUUACUAGUCUAUCCCCAGAUGCAACAGAGAAGGAUGUUCAGGACUUCUUUGCUUUCUGCGGGCAAAUUGAACACGUUGAAAUCGUCAGAGCUGGUGAAUAUGCAAGCACUGCAUAUGUGACGUUCAACAGUCCUCAUGCUCUGGAGACAGCAGUCUUGCUCAGUGGAGCUACGAUCUUGGAUCAACGUGUCUGCAUAACUCGUUGGGGUCACACUGACGAUGAAUAUGGUUAUUGGAAUCGAUCUACAUGGAAUAAUGGAGAUGAAAGUGGUGCCACUCACACGGAAAAUCAAUUUGUUUCUUCUGCUGGUGAAGCCAUCACAUUAGCUCAAGAUGUAGUAAAGACAAUGCUAGCCAAGGGGUAUGUACUGGGCAAAGAUGCAUUAAGCCAAGCCAAGGCUUUUGAUGAAUCUCAUCAGGUGUCGGCUACUGCAGCUUCUAAGGUUGCCGAACUCAGUGAGAAAAUGGGGCUCACCAAUAAGAUUUUUGCCGGAGUUGAAGCAGUUAAAUCGGUGGACGAGCGGUAUCAUGUAACAGAUACAACAAAAUCAGCUGUCUUGGCCACAGGCAGGACAGCCGCCGCUGCUGCAAAUGCUGUGGUUAACAGCAGUUACUUCUCCAAGGGAGCAUUUUGGCUUUCAGGGGCGCUAGGCAAAGCUGCCCAAGUUGCUGCUGAUCUGGGCAACCGCAAUGCCCACACAUAAAGAAUUUUAUGAUCGCAAAUGUUGUCACUGUACUUUGUCAGUCUCUAUAUCUUAGCAUAUACUAUAGGCUCGACCGUACAUAGGGUAUAUCUGUUCAUUGCCUCAUGACUUGGUUUUUCGAAGUUCCACUCAUACUACAAUGGUUGACAAUGGUUAUGGUGUAGCGCCCGCGCCCUGUAGUCCGCAAUGCGAACAAUUUAUUAGUGUUGGAAUGGUCAUAUUCAUACAACUUUAACCCCCUUCUUUUUGAAUGCAACGCUACUUUAGAAAAGGUUUAUGUUAAGCCUCCUUAAUUGACUCGUUGUCUUUACAAUCAACAAGGCUUACAUCACACGCUGUGGAAAUAUUGUGGGAGACUUUUUGUUCAUAUUUAUCACUUAACUACGAGGUUUGCA